AUGGAUAAGAUAGACAAGAUAUUCUCCGAUGAGACUCACUAUAGAUUUUUGAAAAUAAAUAUUGCAAUGUUGAGAUACAGCGGUAUUUGGCCAUUUUUGCCGACAGAGAAAAUCGGCUGGAAAAUAUUUAAUUUCAUUUACAAAAUUUUUAAUUUCGUAGUUUUCAUUUUCUAUCUGAUAACGGUAGGGGCUGAUGCCGUUGAUAAUAUCACCGAUUUGACAAUAGUUGGCUACGACGGUUGUUUUUUUUUUGGUACCUGUGCGUUUGUAUAUAAAUCCUGUAAAUAUUCGGCAUUACAUGAUAAAAUAAUGAAACUCGUUGAUGAAGUUUAUCAACCGAUAGAUAGACUUCUACAAUCUUCAGAUCCUGCAGUAGUGACAAAUAUAAAGUACGAAUUAUUAAUUGAAACACUUCUACUUUCUUGUGCCUUUUCUAACUUUGUAUUUAUGUCAUUUGCCAUAAUAUUUCUAAUACCACGUGACAAAGGUGUAUUACCUGUACGAGCAAUUUUUCCAUUUGAUACAACAACAUCACCAAAUUACGAGCUAGCAAUAUUAUAUCAAGCUUACUGCGUAUUUUACUGUAUGAUGAUGAUGCUGGUGCUUGAUGCUACAGCUAUCGGGUUAAUGAGAUGGUUAACAAUCCAAGUAAUGAUAUUAACAACAAACUACAAGAGUUGUAAUAAUGAAUUAACAAAACGUGCUAAUAUUGUUGUGCCAUCUGAGUCGAUUAAAACUUAUAAAAAUAUAAUUGCCAGUAAAGUUACCGACGAAGAAUUAGAAAUAUCUAAUUUUAUACCUUUUCAAGAAAGCGAAAGUAAAGAGAUUAAUGAUGAUUUCAAUUGGCGAUUCAUAACGUGCAUCAAAAACCAUCAGAGAAUUUCAAAUGUAGUUAAUAAUUUUAAUUCAAUAUACAGUUCAAUUUUCUUGGCGCAAUUUGCAGUUAGUGCAACUAUUAUUUGUUUGAAUGGAUUUGUCUUAAUAUUAGCGGAGACUAUGACUUACAACCAGUGGAUGUCUGGAUGGGAGUAUGCAUAUGGAAAAUUGAAAAGUAAUGAGCUACGUAAUCUAGUGACUAUUGCAAUGAUGCCAACAAUGAAGCCGUUUGAAUUUACGGCUGUUGGUCUAUUUGCUUUGUCCAUGCCGACGUUACUUGCGGUUGUCAAAAGCUCAUAUUCCAUGUUGAUACUUUUAACAACCGUAACGGAAGAAUAA